CUUAGUUUUUUUUUUGCAGGUCGUUUGUUAGUCUUCAUUUGUUAGUCUUCAUUAAUGAAUCUGAAUCACCAGGACGAAUCACCUCCUCUCUAAGCUCGCCCCUAACCCUAGAUCGACGUCAGGGGAACGGCGGUGGCAGGAGGGUGAACGGCAGCGGUGGCGUACAACCUCACGGAUUCCUUGGAGAACUAGUAGCAGCUGAGGCCGAUUGGAGAACAUCGUUGUUCUACUCCAUAAUCAUGUCGGAUGAUGGUGAGGCGUGCUGAUUCUGUUUCCAGGCUCACUGUAUAGGCAGAGAUGGAUGACGAAGCAAGUGAAGUGGCAGCAUUGGAGCACAUAAUGAGUGAUGCAAGUGUAGAUCCUAUCAAGCUAUCCUAUGGUCUUUUGAGGUCCAUUACAGACAAUUUUUCUAAUGAAAUUGGUGGUGGUGGGUUUGGAGUUGUUUACCAGGGAGUUCUACGAAAUGGGAAUGUUGCUGUGAAGAAGCUACUGAAUCUGCAUGCUUUGCCUGAAAAGCAAUUUCUAGAUGAGAUCACGUGUUUGAAAAAGGCAAAGCACAGGAAUAUAGUAAGAUUUUUAGGCUAUUGUUCAGAAUCCCAGGGAGAAUUGCUUGAGUUCAAUGGAAAAAAUGUAUUGGGAGAGGCGCAACAGAAGUUGCUAUGCUUUGAAUAUCUUCCUAACGGAAACAUUAAGCAUUAUCUUCAAGGAGACAAAUGUCAAGGAGACGACUGGCCUCUACGGUACCAAAUGAUUAGAGGAAUUUGUCAAGGGUUACACUUUCUUCAUGGAAAACUCAUUAACCAUCUUGAUUUGAAACCUGAAAAUGUUAUGUUGGAUGCUCAAAUGGAGCCAAAAAUAACAGAUUUUGGUUUAUCCAGAUACUUGGAUCAAGGACAAUCUAUUAUUACUCAAAACAUACUUGGAACAAUGCGAUAUAUUGCACCAGAAACCAUAGACAAAGGAGAAAUAUCAUUAAAGUCAGAUGUAUACGCUUUGGGCAUUAUUAUCAUAGAACUAUUAACAGGGAUUGACAAGAUAGAUCUUAAUAGUCUGGAUGAUUAUUUAGACAACAUAGACUGCCCACGAGCGAGGAAGUGUGCCGAAAUAGCUCUAAACUGCAAGGACCCUGACAAACAUAACAGACCAACCAUACAUGAAGUAACUCGUGACCUGAAUGAUCUAGAGAACAUGAUUCCAUGGUCUUCCAUAGAAAAGGUCGCCCCCACUGCGUUCCCUGGGACUGAGCUGGUCGAUUUCUACCCUCUCGAGCUCAGGUUCCCCUUCGUGCCAAACCGGAAGAUGCAUUGUGAAAUCAGCCUUACCAACAAGCACACAGAUGCUGGAGUCUGGUUUAUGAUUAUACCUGAAGUUCCGAAUAGGUACCACGGUAGAUUAAGUGGCUUUAUGUCGCCAAUGUAUACAGUAGCUAUCCCAUUGUCCAGGAAAGCUGAAAAGGAUCCUCCCUUAGACGUUGAAAAAUUCGAGGUACUGAUGUUCAUCACAGAUACCGAUGUGGACGUUGUCAAUCAGCAGAUAUCAACAUUAUCUUUUGACGAAGGCGCGUCCAUCGAAGAUGAAAUCAAGGUAACUCAGGAGAUGCUGGGGUUCAAACUGCACCGGGUUAUGUUGACUGCUGUCGUGGUCAUAUCUGAGGAUAACGAUCGAGCUUUAGUGACGAAUGAUAUAGGCUUCGGAAAAGAAGUAACUAUGCAUGUCAGAUCCAUAGAUGUGCAUCCCAGGGAGCCAUGGGUGCUAAUCACUGAAGAUGGAAACCGUAUUCACAUUUGGAACUGGAAGACCAAUGGGAUAAUGGGAAUUCUACCUGGGAAGUCAUGGUCUAAUCUGGAAGGUGGAAAGGUGGGCCCUGAAGAUGUGGUUGCAAAAUUCAUCACUCGAAAGUCAUGGGUUGUAAUGGGGCUCCCAAAUGGGUUCGUCGAUGUGCGAAUGUAUCCCACAAUGGACCUAGUCAAGGAAUUCAGAGCUCACCGUUUAGGUGUCACUUUAUUGGCUGUUCACUCAACUCGUCCGUUCCUGCUGACCUGUGGUUAUCCCCCGUCGAUGAAGCUUUGGGACUGGAACCGCAAUUGGUCUUGUACCGGAAUAUUUGACAUCUCUAUACCCGUGACACAAGUCAUGUUUAACCCCAAGGAUAGUAGCAUUUUCGCUGCCCUUGACAAGGAUGGGGAAGUCAAGGCGUGGAGAAUUGGUCAUCCCGAUCCCAUUGCCACAACAAAAGGAGUAGAAGACUACGAGACUAGCCAACUUUUCACAUACGCUGGUGAUCGGCAUUUCAUUGCUGCUAUUGACGGCGAGGCUGCAUUAAUAUGGGAUAUGCUGAAACAAGAACAUGUCCACACACUCCAGAUUGCAGAAACCACAGAACACAUAAUUGCUACCGUUUGCCACCCAACACAACCGGUGUUAAUCACCAUUUCAAGUGACGGUAGUAUUCGUGUCUGGGACUGCAAUACGUACAGGCUUAAGAAGACCUACAUGCAUUUUCGAAAGGACCCUAGACAUGUUGGAUUUACAGACUCCGGAAGGCUUGUCAUAGGAUGUAGUCAUGGAAUAUCAAUAAUGGAUAUUGAUCUGGAAUGAAGGGAGCACAAGGACGCCUACACAAAAUGUUCCCAGUUAUACAUCUCCUGGAAUUACCCUCUCAUUCAAUUCAGAUGGAUUUAUGCUAUAUCAUGUGAUCUCAUAUUUGUAUGUUAUCUUGAGUAAACUCUGGCCGUAGCUCUCAAUACUUCGAAGAAACAAAAGAA